CGAAAGCUUGUCAGUUUGAAAAUAACUUAUCUAAAUUACUUCACAAACCCCAAACACCGGCCUGGUCUGCUUGGUCCCGGAAGUAUCGCGAUGUUGCGCCUCUGGGUUUAGAAACUCUGUGGUUUUACUGCCACUCCGAUACCUCUCCUUUGCUCUCUCUCUCAAUAUUCCCAUCCCCCCACUUUGUGUGGAUGUCGACGUUACCAAAACGCUACUUAGAGAACCCACCGAAGUAAACCUUGGAGAAAACUGCCAGCACUGAUCAAGGGAAAACAGUGACAACACCGAACUCGGCAUAUAAUUAAAGGCAAGGUGCUCCACGAUAACAAAUUCCCUUUGACAUUUGAUUUGCAUUGCCAUUUCCUCCUCCGUUCCUACACUAGCAUUGCCCCGAGAAUGGCCGGCGGGCACCCCACCGACCAAUUCAGUUUCUUGUACCAACCAGAAAGUGCUCAGAACCUGAAGAGUAAGGGUCGACUAUCUUCCAACAUGAAUCCUGUGUACAGUCCUGUCCAGCCCGGGACACCGUACGGCAACCCUAAGAACAUAGCAUACGCAGGCUAUCCUGCAGGUUAUCCUCAGGCUCCUACCUACACACCCAACCUCUACCAGACUGGCAGCCCAGGCUAUCCCCAAGUGCUGCUGGUGAAGCAGGGCUGGCCCCAGGCCUCCGGUGCUGCAGGGGCCCUAGAGGGCUCCUAUGACCUGGCCAUGGACGCGGGCUCAGAGGGCCGCCAGUACCAGGCCUCAGCCGCAGCUUUCAGAUACACUGCUGGGACACCCUACAAGGUGCCCCCUGGCCAGUCCAAUGGGGCGCCCCCUCCGUACUCCCCAUCCCCUAACCCCUACCAGACGGCCAUGUACCCAAUCAGAAGUGCCUAUCCCCAACAGAACCUCUACGCUCAGGGUGCGUACUACACACAGCCGAUGUAUGCGGCUCAGCCUCACGUUAUCCACCACACAACAGUGGUGCAGCCCAACAGCAUCCCCUCCACCCUCUACCCUGCCCCCGUCCAACAACCCCGCUCCAACGGCCAUAUGGCCAUGGGCAUGGUAGCCGGCACAACCAUGGCCAUGUCUGCUGGUACUCUGCUGACCACGCCUCAGCAUGCCACUCAGCACAUCGGUGGGCAUCCGGUCACCCUGCCAACGUACCGGCCCCAGGGGACGCCUGGGUAUAGCUAUGUGCCUCCUCACUGGUAGACCCCACUGGACCCCAUUCAUAUCGGGAGUCAAUAUCACUCACAAUAACUCAAGUCUUACAUUGGUGCAGGAGGCCUGGCAUACAAGCACCAAGUCUGUCUGCAAGAACAAAAUACUAAAGUGCAAGGAUCACUUUAUGCAUUCUUUUGUGAUUUGGAAAAGCUGCUUUUUCAUGUUUUUAUUAUUUUUGACCAGCCUCAGUUUUUUGGGGAUUAGUUUCUUUGAUUUUGACUCUCUCUUGUAAUCCAGACACACACUGACCAACAGUAUGGUACAUUUAUAGUACAUUUGUGCUUAUUUUUUAUGUUUGUGUGUGUGUAUUUUUGUGUUCUGAACACUGGUUCUGACGCAAAGCCAGUCCCUUCGCCGUGAGAAUGUACACGUAUUUGUAUGCUGCCAAAUUCUAAUGUUGGAGAAAAAAAAUCAUACUUUUUCAGGCGAGUACCGUUAGUUUAUUUUCCCGUCAUUCUUGGGGGGGGGGGAGGGAAGCACCGUACAAGUGUCACGCCUCAAUUUCCUUUCACCCUUUUUGAUUUGCCUUCCCAUUUGUGUUUACGUUCACACACAAUCAUCUUCCAGCACAAGAUAAUAAGGGUCGUCUUCCAGCUUGUAGCAACAGUGCAUUAACUUGGCUUCUUUAAUAUUUUACCCACUAUAUCAGUCAAGUUGGGUGCACAUUUUGUUUUUUUGCCCUAGCACUACGCAGCUGAUUCAAAUAACCAACUCAUCAUCAAGCAUUGAUUAUUUGAAUCAGCUGUGUAGUACUAGGGCAAAAAAUGAAAUGUGCACCCAGAGGGGACCCCGGAACCGACUUUGGGAAACCCUGCACAAGGAGAAAGACUAAUACCGUAAGUACCAUAAUAGUUACACACCAUGUAGAGGAUAUUUUCAGUAAGUUCAGUGGACAUAGUUAGCUUGUAAGUCUACUAGAGUAGAGUAAGAAAUUGAAAUAUCUAUACAUGACUAUAUUAUAUAUAGGUAUACUGAUGUGACAGCGAGCGCCUGUGCGCGUUUGUAGUUCUUUUGUACACAUAAAAGCUUGCCGAACAUGCAAACGCACUCGCAUUUAGGUAUUUCAGUUGGCAUGCGUAAGGUGUGCACUGACACACUUGCUCACAGAUAUACAUUACAGAUGUAUAGGACAUCGCACACAUUUUAAAAGUGUAGAUGGUAUAGGAUGCGAUGGAUAGAUGACUGGAUAGGGUCUCCCUCGUACCUUGCAGGCUAUGUUGUGAACUGAAUCCAGUUCUAGUGUCGUAUCAACGAAGGUGCAUGGAGUUUGAGGGGUGAGGCAAAUUGUCAGUAGGACCAGGGAUAGCUAAGUCAAAGGAUUCAAAAGGGAUUUUAAAGUCAAUAGCUGGCCGACACACUUAAAGAACAGCAGACUUGAAAGAGGGAGAAAGGAGUACAAGGGGGAAAAGGAAGAAAAUAAUCUAAAUUGUUUAGUGGUCAAGUAUCAAUACCCAUAGCCCUGUGCUGCAUGCCUCCCAUCAAUCUCACAGGCUAGAGAUCAGUGUUAUUCGCAAUAAAGAUCCCAUGUGAUGUCAUGUUUACAUGUUCCUCAGGUGACCAGGAGAGGGCAGAAGUGAGGGGUGCAGGGCCCCCUAUUCCUUACCAAUAUAGGGCUCUGGUCAAAAGUAGUGCACUAUAUAGGGAAUAGGUUUUUAGAAACCUGACUGACCUCAACACAGAUGUGUCCCAAGAGAAUUGUGUUCCAGAGAAUUGUCAUCUGGUCUCUAUGUGUUUGUUUCUGAGUAGUCCAUGCAAUUGAAACUAGUUCACCAGUCUGGUGAAUGCUUUUAAACAAUGGCAGGUGGAAAAACACUUUAUUUUGGACCAAGGUCUCAUACAAUUAGUGAAAGGAAACAUUUUGUUUGCAUGUUGGUCAACCUGCUACCUUGCUAGGCCCUCCCUCCUCUGCCCUCCCUCCCUUCAGAGCAGCUAAUAGAACAGGCCCAGGACAUAAUUGUUUCCAGGGCAGACACCAUGGAAGGAAGUUAGGAUCGUGAAGGGAAUCAUGCGUCGAACCCUAGCCCCCAGGGUUGGGCUCAAUUCCAACUUUAUUUAAAAUUCCAAUUAAAUUAUUGAAUUCACUAUGAAAUGAAGAAUUUGUUGAAUUCAAUUUGAAUAAAAAAAAUUGGGGGAAUUUUAUGGAAUUGUAAUUCAAUAUUUGUCAGUUGAUGGAACUAAUGCACUUAGUAUAAAAAAUGGACUGCAGGAUUUGUGUUGAAUCAUUUCAACUUGUAAUUUUUGGGGAUAAUAUUGAAUUAUGAAUUUAAUUAUUGGAAUUGACCUAACAUUGGAAUUGAAUUAUCUCUGGAUUCAAUGACUGAUCUGGCAUUUGAAUUGUAUUUAUUGGAAUUUACAGGGAGAGGGAAUUGAAUUAGUGGAAGUAACCCCAACACUGCUAGCCUCAACUCCCUCCCUAGUCCCUACAACUGCAGACCUGAGAAGAUUGGGAUAGGUGAACGCAAUAUGGCUGACAUUUCUACCUUGCCAAUCAGAAGGCAAGAUGAAGCUUUUACUGUAACACGUACGGUAUAUUGACACAGUCCGCCUAGAUCCACAGGAGUGGCUAGCGAUCCAUUUGGAAUUUAUAAAUGGAGUUGGCAAGGAAACAGGGUUCAGCUUGGGUUGUGAGGAGGAGUUCCAUACUCUGCUAUUAUGGUUCAGCACUAGCUUACUGUGUCAUGACCACAUAUCAGUUAUCAUGUGAGUGUGUAAAAAAUGUAUUGCACAAACAUCUAAAAGUAUAAUCUAUGCUAAAUAACAGGUACUUAGCUCAUCUUACGAUUUCUUAAGAGUUAAUUUAGUUCAGUGCAUUUUGAUAGUGUACUCUUUGGUCUCAAUAAACAACUGUACAUUUAA